UAUAAAAUUCCCUUGAAAAUGACGUACACAAAGCCUUUAUUCAGAAAGCUCACAUCCAUUAUAUUCCUCUUUACUGGGAUCUCUCACUGGGAGAUCCCAGAGGAAGUGGGGCUCUAGCCAUUUGGAGCCAUCUAAGCUAGCCACUAGCUCAGAGAUGCUUGCAAAGUCUUGUUUUGAGAAAGCUUGUAGAGCUCCUGUUUCCUCCCAGUACUUUUCUUUUUGGAUGCUUGCUUGCAAAAUCUUGUUACGAAUAGUAAUUAGCUUCCUUGCAAGAUUCUUAUAUCCUUUAGAGGUCUUCAAAUAGCCACUCCCACUCUUUUUGAUGUAAUCAAUAAGUGAAUCUGAGAAAUCUAUGUUGAGAAACAUCUGUUUGGGAUCUGAAGAUUGAAGAGCUUUGUAUUUUCUCUUUAGAGCUCUCUUUGAUUGAGACUUAUUUCAAAUACUCACUUAGCUUCAUAUUCUUCGAAGCAGCAAGAAAGCACUUACACCCCCUCUAAAUUCUCCUUAGCUAACAUAUACCUCAAAAUAUCAUCAAAAGCUUUCUUAAUAAUCUUAAUUCUCUCCGGGCUCCACUCACUCAAAUUCUCGCCUACAGUCGCUAUCUGACUCAGUCUGACAUUGUCCGGAUUCUCACUGAUCAUCCUUGGGAUUUUAUGAUAGGCGAAGUUUUCAUUCUGACUGAUCUUGGUUUUCUCAUCUUGGAGCUUCUCUUCGCAGAGAGGGGAGUUUUUAAGCCUUUUCUUGAGUAAGGUGUUCUCGUGUGUGAGGUGAAGGUUUUGUUCCUUGAGGGUUUUGUUCAGGUGUUCUAGAGGUGAGAGGGGGAGUACCUAGGGUGGAGAUGUACUGUUUGUGACGGAUGCGGUAUUCUUGGGAGCGGGUUUUGGCGGAUUUUGUGUGGGGAAGGGGUGGAGGGGUGUUCAUGUUGGGGAUUUUGUUUUAUUAUUAGAGAUUGUUGAUGGGGAUAUUAUAUAUUCUUGGAUGUAUUUUUGGCUUGAUUCGGUUGUG